AUGUAUGGCACUUUUCCAUGCCCAGACACAUGUGGGUUUGCGAAAGUUGCUGCUUUAGAAAUCGAAGAGCAGAUCAGAAACAAUGCAAAGGAAAAUAGUGAAUUAACCAAGGGUAAGGAAAACGAAUACAAACUAAAACAAAAACAAUACCAGCAAUUUAAUACUAAUUUCAACAACAAGGAAGAUGGGAGGAACAACUUUGAGAUUAACUUCACCAAGUACAAUACAAACCUGAUUAAGUUGCGAAGCAUUGCUGGGAAGUGGAAUUUCCGCAAGUCUAAUGAGAAAAAGCAGUAUUUAGACACGUUUCUUUGA